AUGAGCAGCCCAAUGGGUGCUCUCAUGUUGCCAAUGAUACAGAAUUUAGAGACAACAUUAAAGGCAGGUGGAGUUCCACAAAUGCCACAGUUUAGGCCUUCAACAGUGACUUCUGCAUCAAAUUUUGCCUCAGUCAACACCAAAAAAAAAGUUCAACUGGACUUAACUCAUCCACAGAGAAUAAGACAACUUGAGUCAAUAUUAUCAAUUCACAAAUUGUCAAGACUUGGGAAUCACAUGGAUGCUUUAAGGGAGGUUGCUAAACUUCCAUUUUCGCCUCUAGAUCCUCGAGAACCUGAUACUUCUGUUGAGGUGUUUGGAAAUUUAUCUCCUCAUGUCCAAGCUUGUAUACCAGACCUCUUGAAGGUUGCUCUGACUUGUCUGGACAAUGUGGAAGACUCUGAUGGAUCGCUUCGUGCCUUGAGGGCUAAGACUUCCAGUUUUAUUGCAAAUAAUGUAAAGAGGAAUUGGCCUCGUGAUUUGUAUGAAAGAGUUGCUUGA